CAACCCUAUAUAAGGGUUUCAUUGCAUGCAUUUCUCCGGCAAACAACCAUUCUCCUAUUCCCCCAACAAAAGUGAAAAAGGAGAAUGGUUUGAUAUGUAGUCAGACAAGAUUCAAUCAUAACUGUUACCUAACGCAACUCUUCUCCCUAUCUCGAGUUUAAAACUUGGAACUCUUUUAAGUUCCAAGCCUGGAAACUCGUAGAGAAAAUCAUAGCAAGCUGAAUUUUUACGAAUUUCUUGAUUAUCAUACCCGACGAGAAAAAUGGUGACGAAGAAGGCAGGCUUAAUUGGGACUUGCCUGAUAGUUGUUGUGAUUGGAGUGGUCGGCACAGUCGCUUUUAUGAAAUCUCGUCCAACCCCUGAUAACAAUGCAACAAACAGUUCUUUGAAGGCAGUUGAAGCCUUCUGUCAAAACACAGAAUUCAAGGAAACCUGUGUGAAGAGCAUUUCCUCGGCUACCAACUCGACGAACAGCACCGAAUUGAUCAAUGUCGGUUUCCAGGUCACCAUUAAGGAACUCAAGACCGCCCAGGAAAAGACCACUGCCCUUCAGAAAGCUGCUACAGAUCCUAUGACAGCAGAGAUAUUCAAAACAUGCCAGCGCCUUUUUGACGAUUCGAUUGAGGAUCUGGAGCAGACUUUAGACCGUCUCAAUACAUUCGACAAGAAAGACGUGUUGUUGCUGGUGGAUGAUGUUAAAACCUGGUUGACAGGUGCUGCAACAUCUCAGCGAACUUGCUUUGAUUCCUUUCAAGAGAUGAACAGAAAUGAGGCGGCCGAACAGGUGAAGCAACUGUUGAAAGUUGGGAGUGAGCUAACAACAGAUUUACUUGGAAUGGUUGAUCAGGUUACACAGUUUGUGGAAACUGAUGACAAACCAGGCUCAUCCAGGAGGCUCCUCGGGGUAAAUGAAAGCGACGAAGAAAAUUGGCGAAGAAGGCUAUCUAAGAUCGGAGGUGUCACACCUCAAAAUCUCCGACCUAACGUCACAGUGGCAUUGGAUCCCUCAGGGAAGAAAUACAUGAAUGAUCUGACCAUCGAUGGAGCUAUAAGACAAGCCCCUAGCAAAACAUUCGAUCCAUACGUCGUGUAUGUGAAGGAAGGUGUUUAUCAUGAGAAUAUUACCAUAUAUAAAGAUAAGUGGAAUCUGGUGCUCAUUGGGGAUGGUCCUGAUAAAACUAUCAUAACAGCUAAAAAGAGCAAUAUGAGUGGCUGUGGCCCUGAUGGUACCCUUGGCUGCUCCACAUUCGACACUCCAACAGUCAGUAAGUAACACAAAAUAAACACUCUCAUUUUUUGCUGAAAUUAAUUGAUCUCACAACAAUUCAUCUUAUUGAAAUUAUCAUCAAUAAUGCAGUUGCGGAGGGAAGGCGGUUUACGAUGAAAGACAUUGCAGUUGAGAACGCAGCAGGGGUCGCCGGUAACCAAUCCGUGGCGUUGCGAGUGAGCAGCGAUUACUCCAUCAUCUAUAACUGUCACAUCAACAGUUACCAGGACACACUGUAUGUCCACAAUUACCGUCAAUUCUACCGCGACUGCACCAUCAGCGGCACCAUUGAUUUCAUCUUUGGUAACGCCCGAGCGAUCCUGCAGAACUGCACGUUGUUAAUCAGGGAUACAAGGCCAAAGGACAUGAUCACGGUAAUGGCUCAAGGCCGGGAAUUCCUGAAUGAAACAGGCGGGAUCAUACUCCAAAACUGCAGAAUCAAACCUGACCCAAUCUUGAGGAGGGAGGCAUUACUAAAAAAGACGUACCUUGGCCGGCCCUGGAAAACAUACGCCAGGACCGUGAUCCUGGAUUCGGACAUCGAUGGUGUCAUCAAUCCUGAAGGAUAUACCAUCAUGAAAUUUCCCAACGAAACCCUUACUUGCUUGUUCGUUGAGCAUGGAAAUACCGGAGGUGGGGCGAACCAGGCCUUUCGUGCCAAGUGGCCCGGCAUCCAGAACAUUACCGAUGAGAGUGCAAACCGUUUUACUCCUGCAAGUUUCUUCAGGGGUGAUUUCUGGAUUAAGCCUGCAACCAGCUGGUUGCCUUAUGAUGCUGGAAGGAUGAAAAAGACCACCUAAAACAGCUUCUCAUAUCAGACAGCAUGCGGUAACGCAUGUAUGGUGGGAUGAUUAUCAGGAAAAACAAAAGUUCAGUGAUUUUGGAGAAGAUGAUUAGGCCUUUUUUUCCUCUUUUUAUGUUCAUUAUGUUGUAAAUUAAACACUGCAUUAUAUAAAUAUGAUUGAGUUUUGCCAAUUGUGAAGAAGAAUCCUAAGUUUGAGUUUCGGAUGGAGCCUUCAAUUUUAACAGGGCUUGUUGGGUUCAGGGACUAACUCAAGAUCUUCAACAUCGGUUAUUGCUUGACGAAAUACGCGCAG